AUGACACAUUAUUCGGGACACCCGUAUAUGGAAUUCAUGCCUCCCGAAUUGAUGAACAUCCACAUUCGCAUCGAUAACAUACCCCAGGGCAAGGACUGGAAACAGGUACGGACGUUUCUCUCGAAGUUUAUCCCGCGAGACCACAUUUUAAACAUCAAAGUGUUGCCUGCAAUGGCGACGAUGACUCCGCCUUUCAUCCCGAUAACGUCUUGUGUGUGCGUGUUGCACGCUUCUGUGGACUGGAACAGCCUGCUCAUGCAGUUGAACGGUGUGCAGUGGGAGUACUACACGCUAGGGGCGAUUUUGCUUCCUCCUCCGGCGUUGGCACCUGCGAUGGGGCCUGCGCUAGGCGCGCCGCAUCUUUCUGGGGCCAACGCUGGCGUUGCUGGUGUGCCCUCAGGCUCGGGUCGGACUUUGCAGCCCAGGCAGCCUCAUCAGCAUGCGGUUCGCCAGCACCGUGUGGGGUCUGGAGGGGCAGCGGGGAUGUAUCUGGGGCCAGGACCAGCGCAAGGACCAGCGCCAGGUACGGUGCAAGGACCUGGACCUGGACCUGGGCCAGGCGGACUCCCAGGCCCUGACAAUGGAACCUCUUCCUCGAGACAACAGCAGCACCACCAGCAUCAGCACCAACAUCAACAUCAACACCAACGUCCUCAGUCGACCUCAGGACCCAGUGGGAUGCCCCAUCAGCCCAGGAAACUCAAACAACUAUUCAACGAAACUUCGUUCAGGAAACAGAUGUCGUCCCGCUCGAUGUACCAAAUCAAAUUCAAAAACUUCCCCCCCUGUCUCCACUGGGACGAGAUCGUCAAGUUCAAGACAAUGGGUAUUGCUGGCCAGCACGUCACCCGUGCUGGCACUGCCCCAGACCUCAUAGUCAAGACUUUGGAGCCCCAGACCUACGGGAAAUUGAAAUGGACGAUGCUAAAGGACUUUAUCAAAUCGCAUUGCCCAGAACUAUUCGAGAACACUUCGUCGUUCGAGUUCUACGUGGGCGUGUACGAAUCCGGGGAGUUGGACGUUGAAAUACAGCUCUGCGAACCCCAGGAUGAGACUGAAAUUGAAAUUGAAAUUGAAACUGAGACGAAAAAUGGCGACAGCAGCCAGGCCGGAUCCAAUGAUGACUCUUCUAGCAGUCAACCAGAUGUUCCAGAAACAAACAAUGAUACCCCCAAAGAAACUGACGCGAAGGAUACUGACUCGAAGAAGAGUGAUGGUGUCAAGGAGAAUAGUACCCAGGAUACUGUCCAAGACACUGAUUCAAAGACCGAGGUAAAUGACAAAGAUUUAAAAGACGGCAAAAAUGAAGUCGAGGGUUGUAGUGAUGCUCCGGAUGAGAAUUCGAAUAAAACCCUAGACAAAAACUCAAAUAGUAGUAGUAGUUCUUCUCCAGAAGCAGAAGACAGCAAAGUCGAAAAAUAUAUGGUAAAGGCAACGCAAUACGAAGCCGUUGUAGGAUUUGUAAACUAUGACAAAUUCUUAAAGUGCUUAGACACUUUCCAAGGAAAAGAUUUCGGAUUAAAUCAUAAACUAGUCCUCGAAGUACUUGAAAGCGUAGAGCCUAGCUGA